GAAUCACUAGACUCCAAUAUGGCGAAUGUGAGGGAUAGUGAUACGUCGUUGUGGCUUCAUAAUAAGCUUGGUACGUCAAAUGAUAGCUGGACGGGUAGUUCAAUUUGUUCGCAACUUAAUGCCGAAGUGUUAAGGAACAUCAAAGAUUGUUUUCCCGAUCUACAAACUCAAGUGAAGCUUAAAUUACUGCUGUCCUUCUUUCACAUACCAAGGCGCAAUGUUGAAGAGUGGCGAGUGGAAUUGGACGAGAUCAUCGAGGUUGCUUCCUUGGACAGCGAGUUAUGGGUUUCGAUGUUAUCCGAAGCGAUGAAAACGUUUCCUGCGACUGGUUCAUUGAACACCGACAUUUCAGAUCUUGACGAGCAUAGACCAAUUUUUGGAGAGUUGGUUAACGAUCUGCGCAAGCUUUUGAAAAAACAAAAUGACCCUGCCAUGUUGCCACUGGAGUGUCAUUACCUGAACAAGACAGCUCUCGCCUCGGUUGUCGGGCAACAACCACAGCCUACCAAGCAUUUCACGCUUAAACGAAAACCUAAAAGUGCCACAUUAAGAGCAGAGUUGGUGCAAAAAAGCACAGACGCUGCGAGCAAUAUGAAAAAGAGUACUGCACCUACUGUACCUGUACGAAGUAGAGGAAUGCCAAGAAAAAUGACUGACACAACUCCCUUGAAAGGCAUUCCGAGUCGAGUUCCAACAAGUGGUUUCAGAUCUCCUUCUCUCACGAGCCCUUCCAUGUCAAAUAGAACUCCCCUCAGUAGUCGAAUUCGUAAAGACGGAGGUAUUAAACUCUUGGACAUUAACGAACAACCCCUCGGCUAUGCGCAAGCCAAGAAACGGAAAAGGAUGCUCGAAAUGGAGGAGCAGCAAAAGAAAGUGGCAGAGGCGCAAGCAGCAGCUGCAGCCGCGGCAGCAACGGCCGCUGCUACAACAGACACUCCAGCUACUCCAGAGUACGCUCAGGGUCUGGCUCCCAUCAAUCCGACAACGACGACAGUGAUAACUACACCAACAGUGCCACAACCUUAUACCACGCCCAGCACUCCAACAGGUGUUGCUGCUGCUGCAGUUACGCCACAAACUCCCACCACGCCUGCAACGCCUGUUCCUGCGAGUUGUGCGUUGCCCGUUGCAACUCCAACAGCCGUCACUCCUGUCGAAAGUCCGCCCGUUGGCGUUCAAACUGUACGACCACCUCAGGCUGUUACGCAAAUUCGUAUACAGACUACUGCGCCACCAGCUGGUUCUGCGGCGAAUACCAGGCGAGGAUUGUCUCUCACGAGGGAACAAAUGCUUGAGGCGCAGGAAAUGUUCAGGACCGCCAACAAAGUCACCAGACCAGAAAAAGCUCUCAUUCUUGGUUUCAUGGCAGGUUCAAGGGAUAACCCCUGUCCCAAGUUGGGCAACAUCGUGACAGUAAUGUUGUCGGAAAAUAUAGAAGAAGUUACUCAGGCAGACGGGACGAUAGUGCCAAUGUUGGUGGAGACGCACUUCCAGAUGAAUUACAUGAAUGGAGAAUGGAAAAGGAUCAAGAAGAAUAGGCGCGUUGUUACUGAAGAAACGUGUGCCACAACAACACCAGCCCCUAGUGCCACAGCUAAGGCCUCUAAUUAAAUCAUAAUAGCUGAUUUCUAGGGAGUUAGUUUCGUACACGUACCUUAGUUUUGUUUUCUAUUCUCUAUGUAGAAAAACAAAGACACUUUUAAGUGAAUUCUCCUUUCGGAACCUCAGCUUUGCGCGCUUGAUGUUAGAUAAACAAAUUUAUUUUUCUCAUCUUAUUUUGUAAUUCGAAAGUAUCAUUGUGUUUAUGCAUAGAAGAGUCUUUGCUCUUGCAGAAACAUAUGGUAAUGUGUCGAGUGGACACGCGGCCUUAAUAACAAUUUUUUGCGACAGCAAUAAGAAGUGGUUUGUAGAAACUGCUGGUUCGUAACAUUUGGCGUGCUUCUGACCUGCAAUUUUUUACGUGAAUAUACGCAUUUUUGUAAAAACAGAAAAGAAAUGGCGUUAUUUUGUAGGUAAUUUUGAAUGAAUAUCCGCAUUUGCAAGGUUGUAAAGACUGUAUGUUCCUUCUUGAUGGCUCUAUGUUAAGAUAUCUUACUGAUUGUAAAUAUCCAUUUUGAAAAUAUCGCGUAAAGUCGAGUUUGAAAGUGUAACAUAGGAGAAAAGAGAUUUCUAUUCAGUAUCAAAGUCUGCUUUAGAGAUUCUUUUUACGUGAACAACUGACUUACACUGAUUUCAUAAUGAAAGAAACCAAUAAUAGAAAGAGUAUUUUAUUACUUUCAUAAAUAGUACUUUUGCCUUUGCAUUAUCGCAGUUUCGAUGAAAUCGACAUAAUUAAAUCGUUGAGGGUUCAAAAUGGUAUUUGUUUAUUUUUAAAUUAUCUCUUUUAUUAUUGAGGAAGUCGGUUGUAUUUAUGAAUUCAUUCUUUUUUUCGGUUGAGUUUAGGCGUUAGUUAGAAGAAAAAUAGACUUCGAAAGAAUAAGAAACUCUUAUAUCUAAAAUUGUUUGUCACAAUUAAA